AUGGCGAACGAACAAGACCCCCGGUGGCCAGAUUGCACUCUACUUUGGCGCACUCUCUGCCGGGCUGUCGACUCCUUCACAGAGUUGAACGACAGGUUCGUUGAGUUCGUAGUGGAGCUGCAGAAGUUGCCAGACGGCGACCACGUCUUCGCAAUCCUGCCCCAAUUCAACAACCACUGGACAGAGUUUGGCUACACAAUGACAUACUACGUCUCCGACGAACCAGAGCGAGACCGAAAGCAUCAAGCGCAAGUGAACCACCACGCCUUUUGCGCCAAAUUAUCCACACACCACCAAGUCCAUCCAGAACUCGAUCAGAUCCAACGAGCAGGCUUCACAUUUCGGUCGACGUGCGAGUUCGCGCCCUGGGAGCGCACCCACUUUCCAGAAAUCGAAGAAUGGUACGACCCCGAUGACGACCCUGCGGAUUUCGAUUGGCCCGCACGCCGCGAUCUCGAGCUCGAGCGCGUCAAUAUCAAGAUGCUCAAUGCGAAAAUUCCAGCUGCCGCGCAAUGGCUCCAACAUGUUGGGCGGCGCUUGUAUGACAUGCAAGGCAACAUGACUGGAGAGCAUGAUUGGCAGACUGCCGUGUUGAAUCCAAAAUGGACAGGAGCCAAGGGAUAUUCGAAAGAGAGGUUCGUGUUUUGGAGAGAGAGGUUUGAAUGGAUGACAAAAGUGACGGCUUUGGAGAAGGAGACGCAGAAACUUGCACAAGAGUGCGCGGACAAGAUGAAGGAAAUUGAAAAUGGGGGAGGAUAUGCACAGAACAUCAACAACACAAAGAGCAAGCUGUAG